AUGUGGGCGGCGCUUAUGAUGGGGCUCUCGACGACCGUUCCAGGAGAGAUGCGACUUGCCUCCGACUUUGUCUGGGUCGUGUUGUGGCUCGGAUUUGACUGCUUGCUUGCCAAGAGCAUGGCCUUCAACAUGAAGGUGCUGGGCCAACAAGUGGCGGCCGUGGCCACGUCGUUUACCAACGUCGAGAUCACACCCGCGCACCGAAAGCUGCGGCUCUUUAAGGACCUUGAGUCGUGCCUCUGUUACUACCCGCUGAUUGUAUUCACCGUGUGCAUUGGGCUCAGCCAGCUCCCGCUGAUGCUAACAAACCUCGCGCCGGUCGCCUUGGAGGUGUUGUUUCUCGGACUCUGGGUGCGUCUCGGAUUCAUCUUGCGCUGUCGACCCGUCAGGCCGGUCAUCUUUGCCCUGCAGCCCCCAUCGGUCAUCGCGGUUGCCCCCGUCCCACCAUCCGAUGCAGCGAUAACUCUCAUUCGAGGACCCACGAACACCAUGAGUCUCGGCACCUCCAUUCGCACCAUUGGCAACACCCCCCAAGAUGCGGGCUUGAGUGUCCAUGACGACGCAAGCGAAAAGUGAGUUUGCGCUGCUCUGUGUCGUCCUCUGGUGGUCGAUUCUCUGUGAAAGCGAAUGAUAAUUCGAUAGAAGUAGCGCGGUUUCGUUAAAAUCAACGACACGUUGCGUCAACUAUAUAUAUAGCAAGGCGAUGCGGCGGUGGUCGCAGCAUGUCCUUGUCGUCGCCAGCUGCCUCUGGGCUGCCGACAGCGCUCGCAUUCACGACGCAUUCCGUGUCUUU